AUGUUAAUAUGCGCGCGAUUAUGAAUUUCGAAACAUCUGAAAGUCAGCGGUUUUAAAAUUCCCGCCUAAUUUGACUUCGGGCAACUUCGCGGUACUUCGAAGAAAAUGUAGAAUUCACUUGUUUAUAACCUCAAACAGAAAAAAAUACAAUAUUGACAUAAAAAACAGUUAAAAGUUAAUGAAGAGUGAUUUAACGAAUUUAAAUAAAAAAGCGGUAAUUUAUUUAAUAAUAAAAUUUUUUAAUUUUGCCUGCGAUGUGCAGUUCUGCUUAUUAUGCUCAAGUUUUGGAGAAAAGAUACGUAAAAAACACUAAAAAAUUAAUAAAUGAAGUCCGGCAAUUUCCAGAGAUAUACAAUCCGCAAUUAAAUGUCCGCAAUACGAAAUCAUUUCGACUAGAUGCAUGGGAACAAGUUUGUCGUGCAAUGGUCCCUUAUUGGGACGAAUUGUCCUACAAAGACCAAUUCAUUCACGAAAAAUACUUAAGAAAACGAUGGCGACUUGCGCGUGAGAAAUUUGCCAAAGAAAUUCGUUUAGAAGAAAAAUUGGGUGAUCAGUACAACAAAAAGGAGAGAUACAGGCAUUAUGAGGCCUUAUGUUUUUUAAAACCGUUUGUUGGAUCGGAGAGUACAUUUUCGACAGUCAUCUACGAACCAUCGACCAAUGAUGUCCAAGUGGACGAGAACAUGGAAGAUGACAAAUACAAUGUAGCCUUCGGAAAGACUGAUGAAAUAGAAAUCUACAUGCCGACGAACAGCGAGAUGUACUUGCUACCCUCGGAUCCUCUGUCCGAAGAAUCGGCCCCCAGCAUAAAUCCCGACUCUUCGUUAGACCCCAUAGCAAGCACGCAUAUGGAGUUAAAGAAAGAGAACCUGGACGAAAGGACGACGGAAGAGAGCCUGGAUAAAACUUUCUUGCUAUCGUUGCUGCCCGCGCUGAGAGAAGUCCCCGAAGAAAAGAAGCUCAGAGUCAAAAUACAGAUACAGCAGAUAUUAUCCGAUGCAUUAAGUUGAAUUUUUUUUAUAUAUUUCGAUUAUUAAUAAAGUCUGUAAAUGAAUUUAUCAUUAA